GCAAAAUCAUGUUGUUUUUAAAGGAACUUUGUUGUGCCGUUAUGUUUUGCGUAGUUUACGAUGGGUCAGCAUUUAAACUGUUUGAUGCCGAACCGCUUCUGAGAGGUGCACCAAAGAUCAACCUGACUGUCGACGAGAUUGAAGACAUCCUGAACAUUGACCCUGGCGGCGAGUAUACCACGCUGAAGUUCCAAUAUGAACAUGACCAGUAUCUCGGACAGUACGAGAAGCAAAAUGUGGGAGAACGGUGCUAUAAUGAUCAUGUUAGAUGCUUGACGACUAUCAUGGCGGCUUCUCGGCCAGUUUGCGGAAUGGAUACCACCGGAAAGGGAGAGAGGAGCGACUUUGGAUCCAUGUGUGACUUGUAUCUGGCCAAUUGCAAAAUAGGACAAGCUUAUUGGACCAUAAUCGACAGCGGGAACUGCACAAGAGCCCAGAAAAUAUUUAUUUACGAUUUCGAUGAGACGAAAACUGUUAAACCUGGAAGAAAAUAAAAGAUAUUUUAUUUUCCGAAACUUUGUUUGAACAAGCUAUGAACAACAUCAACAUCAUACAACAAUUUUUGGUCAUACUUAUUACAAUUUUAUUUCAAAUCAUAAAUUAAAUAUUGUAAAUAAAAUGUAAAUUAUUGC